GGGCUUUGCAAAUGAGUAAGUGGUCGCGAUCCUUCCACGCGCCACGCAUCACUCCACGCCGUCUACCAGGAUCUCCCGAUUCUGACCCAGCUGACUCCUUUCAAUAGAACAGACAGCUCCGAAAAAAUUAACUGGAUUUCAUUCUGAAUUUAUCUAAAAAAAAAAUAGAAAAGGGAAAAGGGAAAAGAAAAGGAAAAAGAAAAGCAUGUGUCCUUGAUCACCAGACGUUACUCAACUCCUGGCCAUUGACUUUGAUAUCAUCACGCCAUAUAAUACGCGACCUGGAAGUAUGGCAACUAUUGUGGUGCAGCAGCAGACCUUGCGCCAUGCUACUCCUCCUCCUGGUGCUGUUUCUGCAGCAUUGAGCUUGAAUAGAACCUCCUCUCCUAUUCCGAACAAACACUUGCCGAUAUGCCCGACCGGCCCCUCUCCCAUCCCGUCUCGCACCUCUUCGCCAAUUCUCAAGGAGGAUCUCAGUGUCCUCGCAUCGUCACCCUUAUACCCACCAGAUGCAUUUCCCAAGUUAUCGGAAUCGCCGCCCUUGUACUCGAUAGAAAUCGAAACACUGGCUGCUGCGAUUGAACACUGUGCCUCACACCCUCUGCCGGACCCCACUCUAAUGUUUCCUUGGCUCCAUGGUUUACAUCCCGAAAAUAUUCUUCAAGUGGGAUUCUUCACCAAUCGACGGCGUUCCCUCCGGCGUACUCCUAAAUGCUGGAGGGGCCUGACUGUCGUUAAGGUCGGAGGCAACCUGACCACGGCUCGGCUAAAAGGAGCUGUGUCUCCUGAAGAGAUUCUUGGGCCAUCGGGCUUGGAGUUCCUGGCCGUAGAUCCUCGAGAAGGGUUCUCUGUGCGCAAUUUUCAAAUCCAGACUGCCAAAUUAGCCCCAUUGUCGGAUAUUGUGGUUUACGGAGAGGAUGGCGUUACUGCGAAGCAGCUCUUGGAUGUUGCGACUAGGAUCACAGCUGCGCAACAUCACUGGAGAGUGAAACAUGAUGCGGACCAAACAAUGCCAUCCUAUGGUACAUUUAUCGUCUCCAGUCCCUUCUCCGACAUCGAACGGAGAGCCCCUCACUUGGUAGCUAUAAAUUCUAGCGGCCAUCUUACCGGCCAUACGGUAGAUUUCUUCCAAUGGGAACGGCUAGAAAUGUGUGAGAUGUCUCGGGCGUCGGAAAUCUCCAACAACGUUUGGCAAGGGCCUACACCUGAUUAUUUACUACGAGCGGGGGCGUGUGAUUCUCCUUCAGUGGAAUCCUUUGACCUGAUGAUUGAAGCGAACGACCUUGCGGGCAUCCCGGGUCCUCGUCUUUUGGCCAACCUUAACAAGCAACUUGAAAACGGGCCACAACGGCUGGAGUUCCCUUCCUCCGGCUCCGUUUUACUCCCAUCGGGCGACAACAGGGAAAUUGACGACUUGGUAAACACCGUUCGAUGGAUGUACUAUCUAGCAAACUCGGAAGGGCCAGAACCGGCAAAGGAUGCUGAUGGGGAUGUCUCGAUGGGCCUAGUCUCUAAAAAGCCACGCAAGAUUCUCAUCCAUUGCCCGGACGGGUAUACCGAAAGCUCUUUGUUGGUUAUCGCCUACACAAUGUUUGCUGAGGGCAUCCCUGCCCACGAAGCUUGGCUAAGGCUUCACCGGGACAAGAAACGCAACUUCUUCGCCUACCCAUCCGAUGUCUCAUUUCUACGAAGCGUACAAGAAAGACUUCUCCGAGAGAGCCCUUCGAGCCCGAAAAAGACCCGGGUUUCUGAUCCCCAGUGGUUCAAGUACUGUGACGGUUCACUCCCGAGCCGCAUUCUUCCGUAUAUGUAUCUGGGGAAUCUUUCUCACGCCAAUAAUCCGGAUAUGCUAUGGGAGCUUGGCAUUAGGCGGGUCCUGAGCAUCGGGGAGGCAGUCUCCUGGAGUGAUGUGGAUAUCGAGAAAAUGGGACCGCAAAACCUCAUGCACAUUUCUCGGGUCCAGGACAACGGUAUAGAUCCGUUGACCCAGGAAUUUGACCGUUGUUUGGAGUUUAUCCGCAAAGGAAAAGCCGAUGGGAUGGCUACUUUAGUCCAUUGCCGCGUAGGGGUUUCCCGUUCCGCAACUAUAUGCAUCGCGGAGGUGAUGUCAUCUCUAAACCUAUCUUUCCCAAGGGCAUAUUGCUUCGUGCGGGCCAGAAGACUCAAUGUUAUCAUUCAGCCUCAUCUGCGGUUUGUUUAUGAGUUGUUGAAGUGGGAAGAGCUUCAAAUGAAGAAGAACAGCAGACGCUUGAAGAGAGAACUCGAAUGGUCGACGGUGGCUCGCGAAAUCGCCCUGAUGAACAAGCCAUAUUCGAGAUAGCCAACUG